AUGGCCGACAGCGACAGCGACGACUACUGGGUCCAGGAGCCCGAGUUGGCUCCUAAUGAUCCCAUGCGCAACUUCAUGCCGACGUCGUUUGGCAAGACAUCCAAAGAAGCAAACAUUGCGGCGCAAAUAGAGCAGACAAGAAGAAAGGUCGAGAUACCACAGAAGGAAAAAAAAGAGAAGAAGGCCGCUUCUGACUCGGACAGUAACAGCGAUUCUGACGACGAUGAUGAUGACUCCGAGUCUGACGAAGAAGACGAAGCCGCAAGAUUCCCAGUCAGCCACGAGGUUGUCUUUACCACCCACGACCGCGCCGUCACCAGCAUCGCGCUCGAUCCAGCUGGCGCGCGCAUGCUGACCGGGUCACUCGAUGGCACCAUCAAGUUUCACGAUUUUUCGUCCAUGACGCCGACGACCCUGAGAGCGUUCAAGAGUGUGGGACCCGUGGGGGAGCAACAAGUCGGGCUCGCACAGAUUCCCAUCCGAUCCAGCAUAUCGAGUUUAGUCGGCAUUCAGGGCGGCGCAUUCUUGUGUGUCACUGCGCCAUCCACAAGCCAAGAAUUAUGUCGAGGGAUGGCGAUGUCCUUGACCGAGUUUGUCAAGGGGGAUAUGUACCUGCGCGACAUGAACCACACCAAAGUAGCCAUCGCUGGGUCGAGAAUAUGGGACGUCAACAACAAGCGGAGUCAGAAGGAGGUUAUUGUCUUCAAAUCUAAAGCACCUGGGUGUGCUGGGCGGACAAGGAUGACGGCGGUGGCAUGGGGCGCUCCACCAUCAGGGGGGGCGCCGGUCAUCGUCUCUGCUGCGCUGGAUGGGUCCUUGGUCAUGUACAGUGGAAACGGGCCAUUCUCACGACCAGCGGCGGAAAUCAGAGAUGCGCACAAGGCCGAUACAUGGACGGGCGGUAUUGAUAUCAGUUCCGACGGACGGAUGGUGGUUACUCGGGGCGGUGAUGGGCUGAUCAAGCUGUGGGACACACGCAAGUUCAAGCAGCCGCUGGUCAAGGUUGAGCACCCUUCCACCUCUGACCGUUACCCCAUGUCCAACAUCAAAUACUCGCCAGAUUCCUCGUCCAUCAUCGCUGGUUCGGCAUCAGGGCAUCUUCACAUCUUGAACCCCGGAAACCUCAGGCCAGAGCACGUCACACCUAUCACACCCGGUGUCCCGCUCAUUGUGGUAGACUGGCACGAGAGGCUCAACCAAAUCAUCACGGGCUCUGCCAACUCCGAGACACAUGUUCUCUACAACCCAGAAAAAUCCCAUCGCGGUGCCCUCGAGGUCAUGUCCCGGGCCCCGAAGGUGCGGCACAUCGACGAUGACCCCUCCGCCAUCAUGGAUCAAAGCUCGGGUAUUUCUGGAGAUGCCAUCGUGGCACCAGGGGCUCUGGGAGGAACCAAACGGGGUGGUGUUACGACGUCCGGAAAGUCGAGAGACCCGAUGAGACCUCAGAUGCAGACCAUCACACCGUUUAUGCGCAGUCAGCCAGACGCAAAGCAUAUUUCGGAGAAUAUCCCACUGAGCAAGAUGUUGCACGAGGAUCCGAGAGAAGCACUGCUGAAAUACGCAGAUGCUGCCAAGAAGGAUCCCAUGUUUACCAAUGCGUGGGCAAAGACGCAGCCGGUGACGCAGUAUGCUGAGACGAGUGAUGGGGAGGGGGAGGAGGGGCCGGAUAGGAAGAGGGUCAAGAGGUGA